AGUGAAAGAAUCCCCACAGCUUUCUCGGUUGGUGAGGCUGACCUUCCAUCCAACACCCCUCCUCCUCUCUCUCUCUCUAAGAAAACUACAGCUUUCCUAUGCCUCUCUCUCUCCCUCUCUUCAAAGCUUCUCUCUUUUUCUCCUUCUCUUCAAGCAAGUCCUAUUGAAACCAACCUGCUCUCUCUAAAUUUCUUAAAUUAAUCUCAUCUUCUCUUCUGCUCUCUUGGAAGCCUAAUUAAUUCCUAAGGAAAACACCGCCUCCCUCCCAACCACUUCCCCACUGACCUCUCAACCAUUCCCACCGCCUUUAUAGACCAUUCGCUCCUUCUCUCUUCUCUCCAUUGUACCCGAUUCCUAUUCCCCUUGUCUUUGAUCUCUCUAGGCUUCUCCGGCUGGAAAGUAUUGGAGGUUUUGGAGAAAGGAGAUGAUGGGAGCUAAGAUAUGGAUCCUUGGUCUUCUGCUUCUUUCCCUUUUCUAUGACGGGAUUGGGGCCCGGGAGUCGGAGCUGAAUCGCAAGACAGAGCGGAUUUCAGGUUUAUGAUAUCAUUUUGAGAUGUCCUGCAUGCUUGUGGGGAGGGUUCCUUAUGAGCGGUUGACAUGACCCUCAGUUUGUGAACUCGGGAUGGGAGUAUGACAACUACAUUGAUCUUCAUUACGUUUUGGUGCUUGUAACUUACAUAGUAGCUAUCUAGGAUUUCAUCUUGUAACUGGUAUUAAGGGAGCGCUGGUGAUGUACUGGAAGAUGAUCCUGUUGGAAGGUUGAAGGUGUUUGUGUACGAGCUGCCUAACAAAUACAACAAGAAGAUCCUCCAAAAGGAUCCUAGAUGCCUUACCCACAUGUUUGCUGCUGAGAUUUUCAUGCAUCGGUUCCUGCUGUCAAGUCCUGUCCGAACUCUUAAUCCUGAAGAAGCUGAUUGGUUCUACACGCCCGUAUAUACCACUUGUGACCUAACUCCUAAUGGACUUCCCCUGCCCUUCAAAUCACCACGCAUGAUGAGAAGUGCAAUACAGCUAAUUUCCAUGAAUUGGCCUUACUGGAAUAGAACAGAAGGAGCAGACCAUUUUUUUGUUGUUCCACAUGAUUUUGGGGCAUGCUUUCACUAUCAGGAAGAGAAAGCAAUAGAGCGGGGAAUUCUCCAUUUGCUUCAACGAGCCACGUUGGUUCAAACUUUUGGGCAACGAAAUCAUGUUUGCUUGAAGGAUGGUUCCAUCACUAUUCCUCCAUAUGCCCCUCCCCAGAAGAUGCAGGCUCACUUGAUUCCUCCUGACACUCCUCGUUCUAUCUUUGUUUACUUCCGGGGUUUGUUUUAUGAUGUGGGGAAUGAUCCGGAGGGUGGAUACUAUGCAAGAGGUGCUCGAGCAUCAGUGUGGGAGAACUUUAAGAACAACCCUCUUUUUGACAUCUCUACCGAACACCCAGCUACCUACUAUGAAGACAUGCAACGGGCUGUUUUCUGCUUGUGUCCCUUGGGUUGGGCGCCGUGGAGUCCCAGAUUAGUGGAAGCAGUGAUCUUUGGUUGCAUACCAGUAGUCAUAGCCGACGACAUCGUGCUACCAUUUGCUGAUGCUAUUCCAUGGGAGGAAAUUGGUGUGUUUGUGGCUGAGAAGGAUGUCCCAAAGCUGGAUACUAUCCUCACAUCAAUACCAACAGAGGUCAUAUUAAGGAAGCAGAGAUUGCUUGCUAACCCUUCGAUGAAGCAGGCUAUGCUGUUCCCACAACCUGCCCAACCGGGAGAUGCUUUCCAUCAAAUACUGAAUGGGCUGGCUCGCAAGCUUCCACAUGAUGAGCGCGCUUUCUUUAGACCAGGGGGGAAGAUUCUGAACUGGACUGCAGGUCCGGUAGGUGAUCUGAAACCUUGGUAGCAGCAGCUUGAGCCACUGCCAUUGCUGCCUCCUUCCUGCUAAGCUGUACCGCCGGUGCUGACGACGACUCGAAGCCUCCAACUGUAUAUUUUUGUUUCUUUGUUGAGCUGCUGCGUUACAUAAUUUUUUGUAGCAUAAGUUACUUGAUGCACAAUUCCCUCCGAUGUGGUAAUAACUUGUUAUUAAAAGUAAAGGUUUUAAUAUUGGCAUUUUCUUUCA